UUCUCACCUUUGGUCCCACUAAUCACACCUAAAUUAUUCGGAAAAAAAUCAUAAUAAUUAAAACAGAGAAAAACAAAGCAUUCCCAUUAGAAAAUUGAGAAGCAGGCAGUUUUAUACAUAAACGGACAAGAAGAUGGUGUGCGUGCCCUGUUUUAUCAUUCCCCUGCUCCUAUAUAUCUGGCAUAAGUUCGUCCAGCCGAUUCUGCUGCGCUACUGGAAUCCCUGGGAGAAAAAGGAUGCCGAGGGCAAUGUCAUCAAAAAGGGGCCCGAGUUCCCCUUCGAGUGCAAGGGCGGCGUUUGUCCCUAUGUGCCGGGGUCCAAGAAAUCCCCUGAAUCGACAGAUGCCAAUCCUGACACCUCAGAGGCAGUAACCACCACAACAACAACGACGACGAAAACAGGGGAAACCAAAAAAGAAAUCUAGUCGAAAAGUUACCACUAUCACCUACCCUUUUUUUUGUUUUGUUAAUAAAAAGCGCACGCACACGCUUUAACUUCAAUGUCAUCGUCAUCAUCGCGCGAUGUGUGAGGUGGUGGCGAGGUGGGGACAAGGUCGCCAGGGAGUACCGUUAUCUAAGGAACAGCAACUAAUUACGCUUAACGAUUAAUUAAUUAAUUAAAUGUAAAGAAUUGUCCACUGACCACUGCAUAAA